GCAUCACACGGCUACGAAAUCAGUCGCAAGUUGAAUCUCUGUGAGUGAUAACGUGUCUUUAAUAAAUUUCUAAACCUCAAUAGAGCAACUUUUUCUUGUUGAUUAAACAAUCGUAUAAAUAUGCCACGACGUGGACGAGCAUCUGGACCUCCACCUAGGACUGUCAGACCUGCAGCAGCUCCAGCACGCCAUGCAGCACCACCAGCAGCCCAUCCACCAGCACCAGCAUCAGCGGCAACACCUAUGAUGGCUCAACCCACACAACAAGGCCCAUCACUGAUGGGCCAGAUGGCUGCUACGGCUGGUGGAGUUGCCAUUGGCUCAGCAGUAGGUCACACCAUUGGUCAUGCUAUGACUGGAAUGUUCAGCGGUGGUUCCAGUGAGGCAGCAGCACCAGCCCCAGCUGCAGUUGCACCAGCAGCUGCUGCUCCGAGUGCUACUCAACCAACUGGAGUCUGUGCUUGGGAGAUCAAACAAUUCUUGGAGUGUGCUCAAAACCAAACUGAUCUCACACUAUGUGAAGGAUUUAAUGAAGCCAUUCGUCAAUGCAAAGCAGCUAAUGGUUUAGCAUUGUAAUGAAGACGAACUCUAGUUAGUGAAGUAAUUAAUUGGAAAUUCUUUCAAAGUAAAAGAAAUGUUGAUCAUUGUUUGGUUUAUAAUUUUGUAUAAAUAUUAUUGUACUUUUAUUUAUGCUUGCGUUUAUUCAAAUCCUACAGCAAAUAAGAUUUUCCAUUACAUGUGAAAAAGUGAAAUAAAAUUAAUUGUUAUAAUCCUGAA